GGACAAUCUAUCUCAAACCCUUGUGUCUCUAAACUUUCUUUCAGAGAAGGAUAGUACCAUAACCUCUAAAAUGGCCUUAAUCAAAUACGAGAUUUUCCGAGCCUUGGAAAAAGGAGUAAGGUCCUCGUAUGGCUGACUAUCUCUGCGUACGCGCUAACCCUGGAGGUGCGUAUACGAGGCUGAGACUGGAAAAGACCCUAAAAUCUGGAAUAGAGCCUUCCAAACAACCUUAUGAAUCUAAUCUCUACAAAGUCGCCAGACUUAUAUCGUUGGGAAUAUUCGGUAGUUCUUUCCUAUUCCUCUUUCCUGGAACCUGUGCCGAUCCUAGUCGAGAAUUAGCAUAGAAGGCGGAGUGAUGCAAUAACCACACAGUAUGCGAGGAUACUCUUUAUCGCUCACUGCA